AUGGGAAGAGUCCGGUUCCCGACCAAGGAUCGGUUCGCAGCACCCUUCCGUUCCAAGGAAGCGUUUGUCGACUUCAUCAGAGCCCCACAAGGCAAUGAUGGUCAUGCCCCAAUUGGCGACGAAAGAUGGUCCAACAAAGAUCUUGAGCCAACGCCAGUUGAACAGAGAACUUGGACUUGGUUCAAUCUGCCGUUGUACUGGUUCUCCAACCAAUUCUCCCUUGUUGGCUGGAACACUGGCUCCGCUCUCGUAACCGUCGGCCUGACAUGGCAACAAUCCUUCGUAUCGGCCUGUAUUGGCUCUUUCCUUGCUGCGGUCGUAGUUGUUCUCAUGGCCCGACCAGGCGUGAAGUAUCACAUCGGAUUUCCCGUCAUCGCAAGAUCAGUCAUGGGAAUGUACGGCUCUUACUUCUUCGUCUUCAUCAGAGCCAUUGUGUGCAUCAUCUGGUACGGCAUUCAAUCCUUCUACGCUGGGAACAUCCUCUCGGUGAUGCUCCGUUGCAUCUUCGGUAGCUCUUGGGAGAACUUUACGAACACUCUUUCUCCUAAUGCGAGCGUCACCUCAAAGCAACUUUUGGCUUUUUUCAUGGCUUGGCUAAUGGAGUUUCCGUUCAUGUGGGUCCAUCCCAGGCACAUCCACUACAUCUUCACGGUGAAAGGAUUUAUUAUGCCAAUUGCGGCUUUUGCAGUAUUCGGAUGGUGCAUGGCCAACGGAGGUGGACUGGGCGCAAUGGACCUUGCUUCCAACGAAGGCGAGCUUGCUGCCUCGGUGACCCCUCUAGGAUGGAGCAUCAUGGCCGGCAUCAAUACCAUCUUCGGUUCCCUCUCGCCUAUGUUGGUCAACCAACCCGAUCUUGCUCGAUACUGCAAGAAACCUCGAGAUGCUGGUAUAACCCAGGGUAUCAGUGUCUUCGUGGCCUCCAUUAUCGUGUUCUUCUUGGGCAUGGCCUCUACGACUUCUAUGCAGGCAGCAUAUGGCGUUGCCUACUGGAAUAUUUGGGACCUCUUCGAGGCUAUUCUGGACCACCAUUUCGGCGCUGGUGCGCGUGCGGGUAUUUUCUUCGCCGCUCUGGCAUUCUAUCUCGGAGUCUUUGCGACGAACUUUGGAGCGAACUCCAUUCCAUUUGGAAGUGAUAUGACUGGUCUCUUCCCAAAAUGGCUUACCAUUCGUCGUGGCCAGGUGCUUUGCGCCAUCCUCGGUGUAGUCGUGCAGCCGUGGCAGUUGAUGAAGAAUGCUUCAGCCUUCUUGAGUUUCCUGGGUUCCUACAACAUCUUCAUGGCACCUCUUUGCGGUGUCAUCAUCGUCGAUUAUUUCAUCGCACGAAAGGGAAACAUACACGUACCAUCUUGCUACGAUGGUAAAAAGACAGGCCUCUACUGGUUCUGGUCCGGUGUAAACUGGAGUGGCGUGGUGGCAUGGCUACUUGGUACUACUAUGGGCAUUCCAGGACUCAUCGGCCAGUACGAGCCGCAGAUCAUAUCGGCAGCUGCACAAAAUAUGUACCGUAUGGGCUGGCUAUUGACCUUCUUUACGGCAGCGACGAUUUACUGCGUCCUUACUCUCUUAGUCAAACCUCGAGUAUUCCCAGUCGGACGAGAGAGCACGCCGUUUGAACAGGAAUGGCUAGCGAACGAGGGCCGCGAGGGCUUCUUUGACGGAGAUAGAGAUGGUGGAGAGAUUUAUGCCGCUGCAACACCUCCUAUGACUGAUGGAGGAGACGACGUUGAGAUUGGCGAGAAGUCACCGAAGGUUACCUUCUAA